CAGAUUGCACCUAUUCCACAUCUCAUUUCACGCCUCUGCCCUAUCUCAUCUGUUGCGUCUCUCACAACGGACCGAAGCGACACGAGUUAGCCUGACCGAUCUCUCUCCGGCGGAGCUCUGCCUUCCACACAACGCGACCGGCGAAGAACUGCGACAGCUUGGGAGGUACUAUAUAACUGCAAACUAGUAAGUAAAGGAAGGUUAAAAGCGGAAUCACUGUGAUAAAAAAUAAAGGAAAGAUGCCGGCUCAGAAGAUUGAAACAGGUCACAAUGACACAGUUCAUGAUGUAUCCAUGGAUUACUAUGGAAAGCGUGUAGCAACCGGUUCAUCCGAUACCACUAUCAAAAUAAUUGGUGUAAGCAACAACUCUACUUCACAGCACCUUGCAACACUGACUGGACAUCAAGGCCCAGUUUGGCAGGUUGCUUGGGCUCAUCCCAAAUUUGGAUCAAUCCUCGCUUCCUGUUCUUAUGAUGGUAGAGUAAUAAUUUGGAAGGAAGGUAAUCAGAAUGAGUGGACACAGGCUCAUGUUUUCACCGAACAUAAAUCAUCUGUCAAUUCAAUUGCUUGGGCACCUCACGAACUUGGCCUCUGCUUAGCUUGUGGAUCUUCUGAUGGGAAUAUCUCAGUGUUCACUGCCAGAUCCGAUGGUGGUUGGGAUACCACCAGGAUAGACCAAGCCCACCCUCUUGGAGUGACCUCAGUUUCAUGGGCCCCUUCUAUGGCUCCUGGUGCUCUAGUUGGAUCUGGCAUACUCGAUCCUGUUCAGAAGCUGGCUUCUGGUGGCUGUGAUAAUACUGUAAAGGUGUGGAAGCUAUAUAAUGGAAAUUGGAAGAUGGACUGCUUCCCUGCGUUGCAGAUGCACGCUGAUUGGGUGAGGGAUGUGGCUUGGGCACCCAACUUGGGCCUUCCAAAGUCUACUAUUGCAAGUGCUUCGCAGGAUGGUACAGUUGUCAUAUGGACUGUGGCAAAAGAAGGUGAUCAAUGGGAAGGUAAAGUUUUGAAGGACUUUAAGACCCCUGUUUGGAGGGUCUCAUGGUCCUUGACGGGAAACUUGUUGGCUGUGGCUGCUGGGGACAACAACGUCACAUUGUGGAAAGAAGCAGUUGAUGGGGAGUGGCAACAGGUGACCACAGUCGAUUAAUACUAAUAGAUUUCAGUUUUGUUUUUGUUUCUAUUGUUGUUCCUGUCUUUUGGCAGUGUUAAGAACUAGUUUGCUAGUAUUCUCAUUACAAUUUUCAUUCUGCUUUUGCUUUCAGAUACUUAUGUUUGUAUGGGUUAAUGUGAUGAGUGAUUUAUUAAAUUUAGAAAUGAGAUUUCACUACUUCUCUUG